GGGAGGCAAACUCAUUGGCAAUGACCAUUCCUUCCUCAUCCCAAAGCAUGAGCAUCUUCUCGUUCCUCUACCUUCUCCUCUCGACUAUAUAUCUCGUAGAUGCAGCGGGAUUUGUAGGAGUAAAUUAUGGCCGACUCGCCGACGACCUACCACCACCCCCCAAAGUAGUGGAGCUCUUAAAAAAUCAAGGAAUCAAUAAAGUAAAAAUCUUCGACACCGACGCCACUGUCCUCACCGCCCUCGCUAACUCUGGCAUAUCCGUCAUUGUGUGCCUCCCGAAUCAGCUCCUCUUCUCCGCUGCCGCAAGCCAGUCCUUCACCGACCAAUGGGUUCAGGCUAACAUAACCAAGUUCUAUCCGGCAACAAAAAUUGAAGCCAUCGCUGCUGGAAAUGAAGUCUUCGUCGACCCGACCAACAUAACCAAUUUCCUCGUCCCGGCCAUGAAGAAUCUCCACGCUUCCCUUCAGAAGUACAAACUCAGCGACUCCAUUAAAGUCUCCUCCCCAAUUGCUUUCAGUGCUCUCGCAUCCUCCUACCCAACUUCAUCUGGGUCCUUCAAACAAGAUCUUGCUGACCCUGUCAUGAAACCUAUGCUUGAAUUCUUCCGUCAGACCCAAUCCUACCUCAUGGUUAACAUCUACCCCUUCUUCGCCUACGCGGCUAAUUCCGACAAGAUCUCCCUCAACUACACUCUCUUUCAGGAUAACCCUGGCGUGCUGGAUUCCGGCAAUGGCUUAAAAUACUUGAGCCUUUUCGAGGCUCAAGUUGACGCCGUUUACGCGGCUAUGUCAGCGCUCAAAUACGACGACAUUAAGUUGGUGAUUACAGAGACUGGAUGGCCGUCAAAAGGAGAUAGUGAGGAAUUAGGAGCAAGUGUGGGAAAUGCAGCAUCGUAUAAUGGGAAUUUGGUACGUAGAGUUCUAACGGGAGGUGGGACCCCUAUGAAACCAAAAGACCCAAUCAAUGCCUAUUUGUUUGCACUAUUUAACGAGUACCAGAAACCAGGUCCAACAUCGGAAAGGAACUAUGGCCUAUUCUACCCUAACGAACAAAUGGUGUACGAUAUUCCACUAACAAGCGACCAACUUAAGAAUGGGCCUAAGACAUCAGUCAAUGGAAGCAAUGACAAUGUGCCGCCUACUAGUGGGACGCCGCCUGCAAGUGGGACGCCACCUACUAGUGGAGUGCCACCGUCCCAGGGUCAAACGUGGUGUGUGGCCAACGCGAAUGCUGGGGCGGAUAAGCUCCAAGCCGGGCUAGAGUAUGUGUGUGGGACUGCAGGAGCCGAUUGUGGUCCGAUCCAAUCGGGUGCAACAUGCUACAAUCCUAAUACACUCGAGGCUCACGCUUCGUACGCUUUCAAUAGCUUUUACCAAAAGAAUGAUCGUGCCGUUGAGUCGUGUGAUUUCAAUGGAGCUGCUUCCAUCGUUGAUAAACCUCCCCAGUACGGAGAUUGUGAAUUCCCAACGGGGUCUGAUAGUGGGACGCCAUCGAUCGAGGGUCAAACAUGGUGUGUGGCCAAUGCGAAUGUUGGGGCAGAUAAGCUCCAGGCGGGGUUGGAGUAUGCAUGUGGGUCUGCAGGCGCCGAUUGUGGUCCGAUCCAACCAGGUGCAGCAUGCUACAAUCCUAAUACGCUCGAGGCUCAUGCUUCAUACGCUUUCAACAGCUUUUACCAGAAGAAUGAUCGUGCCGCUGGGUCGUGCGAUUUCGAUGGAGCUGCUUCCGUCGUUGAUCAACCUCCCCAGUAUGGAGAUUGCAAAUUCCCUAUGGAAUCCAACAGUGGGAUGCCGCCAGCGAGUGGGACGCCACCAACCAGUGAGACGCCGCCAGCCAGUGGGACGCCGUCGUCCCAAAGUAAUUUGUGGUGCGUGGCCAAGCCAAACACUGAUGAAGCGAAGCUCCAGGCAGGGUUGCAAUACGCGUGUGGGGAGGGAGGUGCCGAUUGCGGCCCUAUCCAGCCGGGUUCGACGUGUUACAAUCCUAAUACACUUGAGGCCCACGCUUCGUAUGCUUUCAAUAGCUAUUUCCAAAAGAAGAAUCGUGUCACUGCCGCAUGCGAUUUUGGAGGAGCUGCUUUCGUUAGUGAUAAAGUUCCAACAUAUGGUGAUUGCAAAUUCCCGACAGGGCAGUGAGUUCGUAUGACUAAAGAAAUUGGUCUACAACAACCUUUUAUUUUCAUUUAAGGAUAUAUUUGAAUGUAAUAUAUUGUUUAUAUGUUUUUUUUACUGAAUAAAUUAUUUACUUAUAAUAAUUGUUAAAUAUCUACUAAAACAGUUAUAAACGUGGGCCUA